AUGUCGGACGAGCAACAGUCCCCUUCACCAACUGGCGAGAAGCCUGAGGAGCCACAGCAAUCGGAACAUCUCAACAUCAAGGUCACCGAUAACAACAAUGAAGUCUUCUUCAAGAUCAAGCGCACAACACAGCUGAAGAAGCUCAUGGAUGCCUUCUGUGAGCGUCAAGGCAAGGACAUUCGGAGCUGUCGCUUCCUGUUCGAUGGGACACGAGUAAAUCCCACGGAUAACCCGGAGACCCUCGACAUGGCAGAUGGCGACACCCUCGAGGUGCACCAGGAGCAGAUUGGCGGGGCCUGCUAA